UCGUUAGUACUAGACAUUGAAUGACCCUUGUUUCCCAUUCAUAGAUUUAUUAUGUUUAAACUAAUCUAAUGAGACUCGAGCGAGUCUCGUGCCAAUGCCAAAGUAUGAAAUUCCUACUUAUACCUACUCCCCAACCCACGCAGGUAUCUCUAGAGUAGUUGUAAAACGGUUUAAAUGUAUGACUACAUCAUACACGAAAUGACGAUUUCCGAAUUAAAUAAUAAAAACUUGAAGGAAAUUGUUGAUUAUGAAAUAAAGAGAAGGCGACUUUGCGCUUCGCCAGAUUGGGAGAGAUUAUUUAGUGGUUUCUUGAUUUUCUUAACGAAUCGACUCCUAAAAUGUGGAGGAAUGGUGUGGUGUGUUCGGUCUUGGGGUUUGUGAUUUUUGGGUGUGUGGCUGACAAGGAAAUGAUCCCAUUGGAGCCACCUGCAAAUCUGACAUUCUUAACAUUUGAAGACAAGGACGUAACGGUAGAAUGGGACGCCAUAGACCCGUCGUCCGUAAGGGGAACAUUUAAAGGGUACUUAGUAAGGAUAUGGAACCACGUUUGGAGUCAAGUAUACGCCAUUCCUCCUGGAAUCACUAGAACAGCUGUUCAAUUUUAUCCGUACUCGAAAAACUUCAUUACGGUAGCCGUGAGAAACGAUAAAUAUGUCGGCCCGAGAAGUAAUGCUGUUAGUUUUGAUGCACCUCAAACUGAAUCAAAUAUGCCGUUUUUGUUCGAGUUCUUCCAAUUGGGUUCUAAUUCGGUUCUUCUCCAAUGGAACAAACCCACACAACCAAACGGAAUCCUCUUGGGAUACAACAUUUAUUGCAGCGAAAUGAACGGAGACAUUGUCGAUGAAAAAUCGACGAUUAGAUAUUUUGUGACGGGGGAGGAUAAUUUUCAAGCAAAACUCACUGGUCUGAAGGAAGGGGUAAAAUAUUUCGUAGAAAUUGGUGCUGUGAAUUGUGCUGGUGAAAGUGAACGUAAAACGAUUGAGGUCGAUUUAGACACCCACGUUGCAUACGAGCCAUCGAUGCCUUCAUUCAAAUACAAAAUCGAUUUCAACAUUACCGACUUGAAACAAAUGAUCAAAGACAAAUGUGUACGUACAAAACAAAUCCCGAAAUAUGACAUGGACGUGACGGAUUCACCGGAAGAUUUUUAUCUCCUGAGCGACAGAGACGAAAGAGAAAAAACAACUAGUACGACGCCUAAAGACUGGAUCCACAUUAACACGAAUUGUUUGGUUAACACGCAAAUUAAAUGGAUACCCGAUGUAGACAAUAACCCUGGGGAACACUUUUAUGUCAAGUACAAAAUUAAAGGGGAGAAGGAGUAUCUCAAAACUGGUCCCGAAUUGGAGGAGGAUUAUCUAAUUUUGGAAAAUUUCAACGGUUGCGUUAAUUAUGAGAUAAUUCUGGUGGCUGUUGAUGGAGAAUAUGAAACGGAGAGUGAAAUUCAAGAAACACCUGCAGUUAUGUUUAUGCGUUAACAUUUUUUUUUUACCUAAUAUAAGUGCUGAUUAACGAUAUUUAUUAUUUUAAUAAAAUAUUUUAAG